AUGGGCAAAUCUUUACGAUCAAAAACCAAGCUUAAGUUCCGGAACCAGCUGCGGAACAAGGUUUUUGAGCCUGCAGAGGAGGCACGUCGACAACGGCUCGCGGCCAAGCUACUGGGCCACGUGAAGGAGGUGAUGCGUGAAAACGAGAAGGAAAAGCAUCGUGCAAAGAAUGGGAAUAAGGAGGAAGAAGAUGAAGAAAUGGAGGUUCAGAAGGAAGUCACAGAAGGAUCUGAGGGAAAGAAGGAAGGAGGAGAAGAGGAGCCUAAGAAGGCUAAGACGGGAAGCUGGAAGAAGAAGGUGAAGAAAAAUAGAUCCUUCAAGGGCCGCCGCAAGCGAUAA